AUGAUUGAUAAAUCGGUGGUGGAUGCCAUUCGAUUGCUUGAGAAUCAAAAGAUUGAACGUGAAAUAGCUUUUCAAGAAGCUUUGGAUGAAAGGAAAAUAGCAUUCGAGCUUGCCAAAUUGCAGUAUUCCUAUCCUUACAAAGUUUUUGGAAGUCUUGCUGUAGCUCUUAUUUCUGGACUCUCCGCCUAUCGACAUAAAAAUGUGUUACACUUGAUGCCGCUUGCCAUAGCGCUUCCUUACAUAGCUUCUGAAACUGAUGCUUCCUUUGGACAAAGAACAGGAAGGAUCAAAAGGCGAGCUGAUUUAUUAUAUCGGAAAAGAAUGACAGAACAUGAGCCGCAUGUUGUGGUAGCUGAUGUAAAACAACGUCUCAAAGAAUUGCAAGAAGGAAAUGAUGUGGAAUAG